AUGAAAGUAUUAAUAGUAAUAAUGUUGUUUGAAGUAAUAUAUGUCGUGACCGGCUCCAACAUAUUGAAUACAAGUUUGGGACAAAUUACAAGAAAAGCACGAGCCGAUGAAUACGAAAAUCCAUGUAACAGUACCGCACCACCUAAGCCUGACUUCUCAGCGCCUGGUCGAAGAAUUAGUGAAGCAAAGUGUUAUGAAUACAUUUGGGAGACAAAGAAAAGGCAGGACGACAUAACAAGAAUUGCUAACUGUUCAGAGUGGAUAAGAAAAAAUCAACGUGGUAUACCUGCCGUUCCUCAUGUGAUUGCUGGUCGACCCACCACUCCAGGUGAAUUUCCCCACAUGGGUGCACUAGGAUGGAAAGCUGCUGUUGGGACUUGGAUAUUUAAGUGCGGCAGUACAUUAAUAAGUUCGAAAUUCCUGCUCACUGCUGCUCACUGCUCUAAAUUAUCUCCACGUGACACUAGUGUGGCGAACUAUGAACCAGAGAUUGUAAGACUAGGAGAUAAGAAUAUUGUAGAUGUUUUUUCAAAUGGCGUCAACCCACAAGACGUGAAAAUCAAAAGAAUUGUAAAACAUCCAAACUACAGUGCGCCCAAGAAAUAUUUUGAUAUUGCGAUUAUUGAAAUAACGACUGAGGUUACAUUCACAAAAGUAGUUCAACCAGCUUGUCUAUGGACCAAAUACGAUACAAACUCACUUGGAACAAAGGCAACACUUACAGGAUGGGGUGUCGUAGAAACAAGUGGAAAAAAGACAUCCCCAGAGUUGCAAGCAGCGGAUGUCGACAUUAUUGAUUCAGACGAAUGUCAAAGUUUACUUCGACUCCAUUUUAAUCGCCACUGGAGGGGGGUAGACUUGCAUCAGCUUUGUGCUGGAAAAUUAGCUGGAGGUGUCGACGCUUGUCAGGGUGACUCAGGUGGACCUCUGCAGGUAAAGAUACCUUUACCAGUAAAGUCACAGGGGUCAAUGCACUACAUUAUUGGAAUCACAUCCUUUGGUGCUGGCUGUGCUCAGAAAAACAUUCCUGGGAUAUACACAAGGGUCGCCAGCUUUAUUGACUGGAUAGAAGAUGUGGUCUGGAGAGGGUUAUGA